AAGAAAUUAAAAAAUAAAAGCGCUAUAGAUUUUCAGAAAACUGUCCCGCCAAUGACGUCAGAACUUGGACCACCAAGUAGCCAUUUCCUAUAAUUACAGUCAAUGUCAACUGUCGUUGAAUGUUUCGUUUUGACUAACCAAGAUUGAUAUAUGGGAAGGUUAGUUUUGACGUAUAUUUAAUAAAUAUUUUCUUUUUUAAUGUAAGAUGCCCCCGACAAUACAGAGCGGCAUAAGCCCCUCUGUGGAGAAACGACCUGUAAAACCGAUAGAAAAAAGAUCCGAUUUAAUAUGCAAGGUAAAAUACUGCAACACGUUGCCCGAUAUUCCGUUCGAUUUGAAGUUUAUAUCGUAUCCAUUUGAAUCUUCAAGAUUUAUACAGUACAAUCCGACAUCUCUGGAAAGAAACUACAGGUAUGAAGUUCUGACUGAACAUGAUUUGGGGGUGAGCAUUAAUUUGAUUGAUAAAGAUACUUAUACUGUUAAACCUGGGGCACAACUAGACCCAGCUGAUGAGAAAUUGCUGGAGGAAGACAUUCUCACGCCUCAAGAUUCUAAAAGAUCUCGUCACCAUGCAAAAUCUGUAUCAUGGCUGAGAAGAACUGAGUACAUAUCCACUGAACAGACGCGGUUUCAGCCACAGACAAUGGAUAAAGUUGAGGCCAAAGUUGGAUUUAGCAUUAAAAAAGCACUCAACAAUGAAACAUUGUAUAUGGAUCGAGACUCACAAAUCAAAGCAAUUGAAAAAACCUUUUUGGAUUCCAAAGCCCCAAUUGAAAAGCAUUAUAGUAAACCAAAUGUUGUUCCUGUAGAAAUUCUUCCAGUAUUUCCUGAUUUUAAUUUGUGGAAGUAUCCUUGUGCACAGGUUAUCUUCGACUCAGAUCCUGCCCCUGUAGGUAAACAGGUUCCUGCUCAGAUAGAAGAAAUGUCACAAGCCAUGAUAAGGGGUGUCAUGGAUGAAAGUGGUGAACAGUUUGUAGCAUAUUUCCUGCCCACUGAAGAAACAUUAGGAAAACGCAGAGAAGACUUUGCCAAUAACAUCCCUUAUCAAGAUGAUGAAGAAUAUGAAUACAAGAUGGCACGAGAAUACAACUGGAAUGUCAAGAGCAAAGCAAGCAAAGGAUAUGAGGAAAACUACUUUUUUGUUGUUAGAAGUGAUGGUAUUUUUUAUAAUGAGCUUGAGACCCGAGUGCGUCUUAGUAAAAGGAGGCAAAAAGUGGGCCAAGCACCUAGCAACACAAGAUUAGUUGUAAAACACAGACCAAUGAAUGCCAAUGAGUUUCGAAUGCAAAGAUAUAGGGAGAAACAGCUUGAACCACCAGGUGACGAUGAUGAAGAACUGGAACUGGAAGAGAUUGAAGAGGAAAAUGAACAGGGCAAUGAAAGUCAAGGGGAAUCAGAACAAGAGAAAAAUGAAAAAGCUAAAGAUAGUGGUAAUGAAAGCAAUGAAGAGGGAAGACAGUCUCGGGCGUCGUCCAGAUCAUCUAAAGAUUCAAGAAAAUCCCGUUCCAGAUCUAAGUCUACAUCAAGGUCCCGUUCCCGAUCCAAGUCAAAGUCAAAGUCAAGAUCUCGAUCUGCCAGUGCAUCCAGAUCGGGUUCGCGAUCAAGAUCACAAUCAAAAUCCCCCUCACGGUCACGGUCACCUUCCAAAUCUCCUUCAAGAUCUCAUUCUAGGUCAAAGUCAAAAAGCAAAUCACCAUCAAGAUCCAAAAGUAAGUCACGAUCUAGAUCAAAGUCUGGUUCAAGAUCCAGGUCAGUAUCAAGGUCACGAUCUAGAUCUAAGUCAGAAUCAAGAUCACGCAGCAGAUCAAGAUCUGGGUCUGGAUCAAGAUCUGCGUCGCCUUCUGGAUCUGCCAGUGAAUAAAUUACCUUGCAAUAGAAUUGCCUGUGUGAAAAAUAUAUUUUAUUGAAUAUUAACCUGGAUUAACGUUUU